AUCCUUGUCGUCACGUCACAAAAGCGACUCAUCGGUCGCCCUUUUCGACUGACCAUAGUUAAAUUCAAAACCCUCGCUAUCCCUAUUAAAGGGAUAGCCACGUAUCCAUUUAUUAGUCUAGGGUAGAACCGCAAGCACCAAAUUAUACCCCAUUAUUUUUUGGCCAAAAUCUCCGUCUUUUUCCCCUAUUCUUUAUUCCAACGACUUUUCUUUUCACUUUCGAAUCUUCCGUUCUCUUUCCAACCCUAACAACAACUUCCGUCGUUUAUUUUGUUAAUUUAUUAGUAAUUUUCCUCUCCAAAUACGAAAUCGCCACGUUAGACUUUUCAUCAUUGCCCAAAAAAUCUAUUUUAAAAAAAAAUCCUUUCGUUUUAUGCCUAUUUUGACCUUUUGGGGGAUCACUCUUUGUUUAAACACCUUCAAAGUCGUCUGUUUUUUUUUUUAAUUUCAUGUGGUUUGUUUGAAAUUCGUGUAGUAAAUGAUGGGUUUCGCGAUAUCCGAUGAAUUGUUGGGAACUUUUGUUCCUAUUGCUGUUUAUUGGAUUUAUUCAGGUAUUUAUGUGUGUUUAGGGUCUUUUGAGAAUUACAGAUUACAUUCAAAAAAGGACGAGGAUGAGAAGAAUUUGGUUUCCAAACAAACAGUCGUGAAAGGCGUUCUUUUGCAGCAAACCCUUCAGGCUGUCAUCGCCAUCCUUUUGUUCACGGUCACGGGGAGUAAUGCUGAGUCUUCUACGGCACAGCCAUUGUCCCUUAUCAUUCUAGCUAGACAGUUUGUUACAGCAAUGAUAGUUAUGGAUACGUGGCAAUAUUUUUUGCAUAGAUAUUUCCACCACAACAAGUUCUUAUAUCGGCACUUCCAUUCUCUACAUCACCGUCUUGUUGUUCCCUAUGCAUUUGGAGCUUUGUACAAUCAUCCGGUGGAAGGCCUUCUCUUUGACACAAUAGGCGGUGCCUUGUCAUUUCUCCUCUCUGGCAUGUCUCCUCGAACUUCCAUCUUUUUCUUUUCUUUUGCCACCAUCAAAACAGUCGAUGACCAUUGUGGGCUAUUGCUUCCCGGAAACCUCUUUCAUAUUUUCUUCAGAAACAAUUCUGCUUAUCACGAUGUCCAUCAUCAGCUUUAUGGUAGUAAAUACAACUUCUCUCAGCCAUUCUUUGUCAUGUGGGACAGAAUUCUGGGAACAUAUAUGCCUUAUUCACUUGAGAAAAGGGAAGAAGGGGGAUUCGAAGCACGGCCGACUAAAGAGUUCAAAGAUGAUUAAGUAGAUUGUGAGCAUCCUUUUGUUUGUUACAAAAAUAUAUCAACAGUAUUUUCUUCACUUAACUCAACGGUGAACCACAUUGCUUUCUGAUUUGUAUAUACUCAUAUUGUUGUGCUCUCCAAUUAAAACCUAUCUUUGUUCAUAGAACUAAUAAUGAGAUCCAUGAGUCGUGUCCAAAAAUUUCGAAGGAACAGCUUCAGGCAAUCUUGUUUCCAGGACAAGGGCUUGGGCCUAGCCUUCUUUCUUUUUCUGUCGGUCGUGAAGUUAACUAAUAAUACAUUUCAGACAGGCAAAGUCAUUGGUUCAUAAUGCA